CAUGGACGUAAGUCUCAUUUUAAUUCAUGUUCCUGCAAUGUUAAUGAAGUUAGCGUGUUCUGCAGUGUGGCGUGCUAUGUUCCGGUAGUUUCACAUGCAAUUAUCACAAGUGCGUUAGACCAAAGAGGUUAGGUUUGCUUUCAGUGACAUUCCUUCUCUUCCGAGUGCUUGGACAGUCUAAUAUAAAGUGAUACUGCUUGUUGCACCUCCACUAACAGCAAUAGACGGAAGUGACGGAGCCCCUCUACGCCCAUACAGCGGUGCCUGACUUGUAAAACAUUAUAGUGGGGAAGAGCCUGCCAACACUGAUUUGGCCAAUGUGGCCAGCAGAACAUCUUCCCAUCCACCUAACUGUCCCUAACACACUGGCAAAAGUAUCUGUUUGACUAAAGCAGAACGGCUUCAGGUGAAGCAGGUGGACUGUGAGGAGACUGAUGAUGAGGAAAUAACACACCCAGUCACCUUUACCUCGGUUUGUUCAGCCACGGUGGCAGAACAGUAGGUCAUCAAUGGGGGAGGGGAUGAUCUGGCAAACUGCUAAGAAUGACAAAAAAAACCUUAGGAUGGUUUUGUGCACGACAGUGAUGUAACAAAGGAGCUAUUGUUGUUUUUUAACCCUUUUUGUUUUGUCUGACAGGAUUCGAAGUGAAACUGCCUCUCUAUGGUCUUUUGGGGGAACAGCUCUAAAUGUGGACAACCCUCAGUCCUCUAUGGGCUUCUAUGGUAUGUUGCUGCGUCAGGCUGUUUUCACAAAAGGGCCCUCUGCUCGUCAGGUAUAAAAAGGAAGGUUUCCAACAGGUAGAGAAGCAGUUCAGCUCCAAGUGCAGCACCACCAGCAUCACUUCUAGUGACAACACCAGGCAAAGAUGACCUCCAGCAGCAUGAAUAUGAUGGGCAAAAUCAUCUUCUAUGAGGAGAGGAACUUCCAGGGCCGCUCCUACGAGUGCAUGAACGACUGCCACGACAUGUCCUCCUACCUGAGCCGCUGCCACUCCUGUAGGGUGGAGAGGGGCUGCUUCAUGGUCUACGACCGCACCAACUUCAUGGGAAACCAGUACUUCAUGAGGAGGGGCGAGUACGCCGACUGCAUGGGCAUGAUGGGCAUGAGUGACUGCAUCAGGUCCUGCCGCAUGAUCUCCAUGCACAGGGGGUCCUACAGGAUGAGGAUCUACGAGAGGGAGAACUUCCAGGGACAGAUGUAUGAGAUGAUGGAGGACUGCGAUAACAUCAUGGACCGCUACAACAUGUCCAACUUCAUGUCCUGCCACGUGAUGGAAGGCCACUGGCUGAUGUACGAGCAGCCCCACUACAGAGGAAGGAUGGUGUACAUGAAGCCUGGAGAGUACAGAAACUUCAUGAACAUGGGCUGGAGCGGCAUGAGGUUCAUGAGCAUGAAGCGCAUCAUGGAUUCCUACUACUAG